UACACUACAGGCCAAAAGUUUGGAAGCAAGACCAUUACAAGCUGAACAGUUGGGAGUAACUUCAAGUUUUUGUUCACAAUGCUUUUUUUAAAUCCAGCAUGAGUUUUAUGUAUUUUGGGAUGUAUUUACUCCAUGAUCAGAUGUUGCUUUCAUGGAAAUGCACCAUUUUACUCCAUUUCCCUUUAGAUAUACAUUGAUGUUAACAGACCAUUGCUAAAUAUAUGUCAGCAAAAGAUAAUAAGGGCUUAGUUUUAGGGUUGAAAACAUUUGCAAGAGUCACAACUUCAGUGCAAAAGGAAAAAAAACAAAUCACAGUUGGAUUAUUCACUUCAACUUUUUGUCUUUUGAGAGUCUGCAGACAAAAAUCCUAAUAAAUCUCAACUGCGUUCAAACUACCGCAAAAAUGGCCAGAAAGAAGCAACUGAGUCAAGAAACAAAAGUACAGAUUUGUACAUUGAGGAAAGAAGGAUACACAGAAAGAGAAAAACGCCUAAUGGUGUCUAACAAAGGAGUCCACUACACUCUGAAGAGACGAGAGGAACCUGGAAGUUCUGAUGAUAGAAAAAGACCUGGACGAAAGAGAGUUACUACAAAAGCAGAGGAUAAACAGAGCAUUGUCACCAGGAAGAGAGAUCGGAGAAAGACAGCACCAAAAAUAAGGGAGGAAAUCAACAUGACAAGGUCGAAACCCAUAUCUCUGACAACUGUGAAAUGACGUUUGAGAAAGGCUGGUCUGAAGGGUUGUGUAUCUGCAAAAAAACACGACUUCAUCCACAGAAGAAGAAAAAGAGAUAUGAGUGGGCAAAAGCUCACAAAAACAUGGACUUAUGAUCAUGAGAAACAAGUUUGAACUGUUUGGUUCAAAACACAGAGUCUAUGUCUGAAGACAAACUGGUGAACGUCUGAAAGCUCCAUGUGUUACACCCACAAUUCAGCAUGGAGGUGGUAGCUCCAUGGUAUGGGGAUGUUUUGCAGGUGAUGGAGUAGGAGAUUCCUUUGAAGUAAAGGGUAUCAUGAAGAAGGAACAGUACCACUCCAUCCUCCAGCACCAUGCUGCUCCAUCUGGACUCAGACUUGUGGCUCAUAAGUUUGUUUUGCAGUAAGACAAUGACCCUAAGCUCUCUGCCGAGCUCUGUCAGGGUUACCGAGACAAAAAAGAAGAGGAAGGUGUUCUUCAAAAUGGUUUGGCCCCCUCAGUCUCCAGACCUUUCUCCAACUGAGCUUGUGUGGGAUGAAUUGGAUCGAUCGGUCAGAGAAACGCGUCCCACGAAUCAGCGUCUCUUUUUAAUGAACUUAAGAAAGCUUGGAAUGUAAUCCCUGGAACAGACCUUAGAAAACUUGUGGAACGAAUGCCUGGUAUAUGCCAAGCUGUUGUUAAAGCCAGAGGAGGUUACUUUAAAGAAAGUCUAACAACAAUAACUCAAAUACCUCAUAAUUAUAGUCAAAAUGUCUUCUGAUAAGUUACUCUUUACACAAUAGUCAUGUUUAUUGUGUUGCAAAUUAUAGAUAUGAAACUAUGAUCUUUUUUUGUACAAAUCUGAUCUUGCUUCCAAACUUUUGGCCUGUAGUGUACAUAAAAAAAAUAAAGAGAAAAACUGAUCAAUUAAGUUUUAAUUCCAUUGAUCAACAUUUUUUUUACUGACAGAUCUUCAGUAAUUCCUUUAUACACUGACAAAAAGAUUUCAUAUUUUUCUGAAACUCGGUCUGACUUUGUAAAACUGUGUCUCCACAAUAACUAACAAUGGGUCAGAGUUUUCAGGUUCUCUUAGAAUAGUUAUUAUUAUUAUCAUUAAGUGAGUGGGAUCAUAUUGGAAGUGAAUCUUGUCUCUAAGUUGUCAGAAAAUGAAAACAGUUUAAAACAGUGAUGAGCUGAUCAGGAGUUACUGUUGUACAGUUACAGCUAAUAUGAGGACCUCACUCUCUGAUUCAUCAGAUUAAAAACAUUCAUUCAGCGUCUCUGAUUCAAAUUUAACGUUUGGUUUUUUAAUGAUCAACAGGUGACAGAGGGGAGGUUCCUGUUAACUUCAAUCAUUUUCUAAGUAAAGUCAAAUUUAACACCCUAAUCCCUCAAGUUGAAGUAGACAAAAACAGGAUCAAUCUCUCUGAGAGGAGGAGUCAAUGCAAAGUCCGCCGUCUUCCUCCUCUACUUCAGUGAGUGCAGAGAGGAGGACAGAGGACAGUGGACACUCAGUUUGACAUGAUGGACUAUAGGACAGGACUGCUGCUUCUGACUGUCUGCUGGACAGGUGGAGAUCAUCACUAAUCUGAGUUGGACUUUUUCACCUCAUGACAACAAACUCACUUCAAUCUGUUGGUUUUUUUCUUCUGUCUUUUCAGGUGUUGGUGGUCAGACUCUGACUGAAUCUGAGCCGGUGGUUAAACGUCCUGGAGAAUCCCACAGACUGACCUGUACAGCCUCUGGAUUCACAUUCAGCAGCUACUAUAUGGCCUGGAUCAGACAGGCUCCUGGAAAAGGACUGGAGUGGAUCUCUGCUAUUAGCAACGGUGGUGGUAGCACCUACUACUCUGACUCAGUUAGAGGCCGGUUCACCAUCUCCAGAGACAACAGCAGACAGCAGCUGUAUCUGCAGAUGAACAGUCUGAAGACUGAAGACUCUGCUGUUUAUUACUGUGCCAGAGACCCACAACAACACAAACCAUCUGUAGAGCUGAACAAAAACCCCUCAGAGCCUGAACACCUGUGA